AUGGUAUCUCCUUGGAUAGCUGUUAUCCCUGUGGUUCUUGUAAUUAUCACUCUAAUACUAUUCCUUGUUCUAUAUUUCUCGACUCCAUCACGAAGAAAUUUCUGCUUAAAAAAGAAACAUGCUGUUGUAACUGGCGGAUCAAAGGGGAUUGGCAAGCAGUUGGCUUUAUCUUUGAUUUCAAGAGGUUGCAACGUUUCUAUCAUCGCAAGAAACGAAAAUGAUUUGAAGGCGGCUUGUGAAGAACUGCAAGCAGCUGCCGAUCAACGAGGCCUGCAACAAAAAGUCCGCUGGUACUCUUUAGAUCUUACCAAAGAUUAUAAUGAGGUUGAAGAAGUUAUUCGUCGUGCUGAGGCCGAACUUGGUCCCGUCGAUGUUCUCAUUAAUAAUGCUGGCACAAGUGUUCAGGCUCCGUUCCAUAUUCAACCAAUUACCGAUUUCGAGAAUCAGAUGCGGAUCAAUUACCUGAGUGCGGUAUACGCUACUAGGUGUGUGGUGACUAGUAUGAUGUCUAAGCGUUCCGGUCACAUAUCUUUUGUUUCAUCAGCGGGUGGACAGUGUGCCAUUUAUGGUUACACUGCUUAUGCACCUACUAAGUUCGCUUUAAGAGGAUUUGCCGAUGCUCUACAAAUGGAACUAUUUCCAUACAAUAUCAAUAUAUCCGUGCUAUAUCCGCCAAACACAGAUACGGAAGGAUUCAAAGUUUGUUUUUUU